GUAACUGGUUGUGGUUUGGGGGGAAAAAUCAGGCGGGGUGCGUUUCUGCAGCUGAAAGAUCUGGACCUGCAUCUGGCAUCUUCAGUGUAGCAGUUCACCUGUAUUUAAAUGUUGGAACUAUUCCCUUCACUUUACACCAGAAGUGACCACUUGGAUUUAAACCAACAAACAUCUUGUGUAAUAGUAAAUAAACAUAGUAAUACGAUCUAAAGAUGGAUUUUCUCAAAGUGGUGAUUGGCGACAUCAGUAGUCCAGAACCAUUGAGAAUAAAAAGUGAAGAUACUGAGGAACAAAGAGACUUGAUGGAGGUGAAAGAGGAAGUUCCACAACUGAAUAAAGUCGAGGAGAAACAUCAGGAACCUUAUGAAAACACACCUGAAGAAAAACCUCGUACAUGUCAACAAACUAACAAGAAAUCUUCACCAAGAAUGACUUUCGUGUGCCCUCACUGUGGAAAGAGUUUCAAACAAAAAGGACACCUUGAAUAUCAUAUAAGAAUUCACACUGGUGAGCGGCCUUUCUUUUGCCUUCAGUGUGGAAGGAGUUUUAAACAUAAAGGACAUCUUAAGGAUCACAUGAGAAUUCACACUGGAGAGAAGCCCUUCACAUGCACUCAGUGUGGAAAGAGUUUUACGCGUCUCACAAGUCUCAAAACUCAUUUGCUCUCUCACUCUUCAGAAAAGCCGUACAGCUGUGAUCAGUGUGGUCUAAAAUUUAGCCUGGCGGCACACUUGAAGAGACACCUGAGAAUUCACACAAAUGAGAGGCCGUAUGUGUGCUCUCUUUGUGGAAAGAGCUUCUUAUGGCUGUGCUACUUUAAAGACCACCAGAAGAUACACGCUGGUGUGAAAGCCCACGUGUGCUCUGACUGCGGCAGUGCCUUCACUAGAGCCAGCGAAUUAAAACGGCACCAAAGAACCCACACUGGAGAAAAACCCUACAAGUGCUCAUAUUGUGGAAAGUGCUUUUCUGGGUCUGGAAACUUGAAAAACCACGAGAGAGUUCAUACUGGAGAGAAGCCGUACCCCUGCCCUUCAUGUGGGCGGAGUUUCAGCCAAAUUAGCCAUCUACUGCGACAUUUAAAACAAAGUUGUUACGGUUUAUCCUCAACCCCCAAGUUGAACAGACUUCGUCCUGGGACCUGAAGUUGAUCACAGUUUAUCAUGCGGUCUAAAGAUAGUUGUUGAGCCUAAAAAUGAACAAAGUUUAUUCUCUGGCCAAACACUUUCAAGUAAUUAGUAUGAAUUUAAAAAAAUAAAAUAUUUUCCCAAAAUAGCAAAUUCAUCUAAAUUUGCUAAAAAAUAUAUAUUUUUUAUUUCACCUUUAUUUAACCAGGUAAGCUAGUUGAGAACAAGUUCUCAUUUACAACUGCGACCUGGCCAAGAUAAAUCAAAGCAGUGCGACACAAACAACAACAGAGUUACACAUGGAAUAAACAAGCAUACAAUCAAUAACACAAUAGAAAAAAAUAUGUCUGUAACCCUGAGGUAUAUAAUGGUAAUUUAAACAUGUAUGGAAAGUGAAGUGGAUGUUAAAGGGGCGAUGAAUUAAAAUCACAAUUUUAACCCGAGCUUUUGUUAUAUAAGAGGGAAUCGUAUUCCUGCGAACAUCCUGUAAGUGUCAGAACUGAAAACGCCCUUUUUACUGAGAUUACAUCUGUUAUUGACACCAGGCCCAGCGAACGCCAGGUUCUGGAAUGCACCCAUCUAUGAUGACACUGAUAGGUUGAACACCGCCUCAUAUCAACGACUACUUCUCUAGCCCCGCCCACUGGUUCGCGCAUGACAGACCAGUGGCGCAGAACCAGAUAGAGUGAGCAAGCAAUAAACAAACAUGCUGUUAAAGAUAGCUAAAUAUUGUGCCAUCCCAGGGUUGUGGAAGAACAGUCGCUGCAUAACCUUCCUUAGGAUUCCGAUAUUAGGAAUGCGGGGUUAAAGUUUAUUUUUAAAGACGUUCCAGCUCAUGUGGGAAAAACAUGGAGCGUUUGUUCAUUUCAUUUCUCCGAGGAUUCCUUCGUGAACAAGGCACUGGAUUUGUGGACAGGGGCGGAGCCAGACAUUGUGGACAUUGGGGGCUUAGCCCAAAAUCUAGGGGUUCCAUCCAGGGCAUGGUCCCCAGGAGAUUUUUUUCACAUUUAUGGCAGCUAUAAUAAACUAUUUUUUAAUCUUUAAUCGAAGUGUUCUCUUUUUUAUCAUUCUGAAACUGUCUAAAUUUGAUAUGUGACAGACAUUUUCACUUCUCUCAAAUAAAAACAGAAAAAAUGCUGUAAACCUGUUACCAUGAAGUUACACAAGAAAGGUAGAUUAGGAAUUUGGAAUAAACAUUACUAAUUUAAGACCUAUUUUGUUGCUUAGAAAAAAAAUUAGCAGACAAAGGUGCUACCACUGAAUCCAUGAAGUAACAAGUAAUUCAAAUCAAAGCUCAUCAACAAUGCCAAGUAAAUGUGGCCUCUAAUACUCUAAUUAUACUCUUUUAUUUUUCCUUUUAUUCUUUAACAUAACAAAACAAUAGAACCAUAUUUUGUUAGGGAACAGCACAUGGGUAUAUAUUAUUACCUAAUACAGCACUUUAUUUCACCUCUUUUCAAAUCAAUCUUCUCCCAUUCUCCAUCUACCAUCUGUGAAAAUGUCCUCAACUGUACUGUAAAUAUACCGGACAGUAUACCGGACUAUACUGUAAAUAUGCAGACAGACUAGAUCAGUGUUAACGUUAGCCGUUAGCCGAACGCUAUUUAACAGUAUAAACAAACCACAUAACUAAAAAUAGACACUUUCAAAGUAAUAAUGAAGCCACUGUAAUAAUGACUGAUUUAAAAACGUGUUUACAGUCGGAAGAUUCUGUAUUUUAAGUUGCAGUUGCACAGAAUGCACGCACCUUCGUUCAGACUUGAACGUCUCCUUCGCUUUGACUGGAGUGGCGGACUCGGACUUUAAAGCUCAAUGCCGCCACUGCGCCACCUAACGUACUGUAUGAAAUUAUUGAACCUGAGAAGAUUCGGGGCUUUUGAAAAAACAAUCGGGGCUGAAGCCCCAGAAGCCACAACCUCUCGUAACAUUUGAGACCCGUGAUCGCGGUGAUCUUCUGUCGGGUUCGCGAUCACGGGUCUCAAAUGCUGACAGGUACGGUCAUAUAUCAUUAAACGCAAUACAACUAUAGGCUAUACACACUAUACGCAAAGCCUUGCCAUCACAUCCGCGAAUGCGUCACAUGAAAUACUGAUGUGGGGAGGUCAUUUAUAAAUCACAGGAGGUCUCCAGAUAAUACUAAUGCCCUGCGAAAACUGAGAAUGGUGCUAAUGUGUAACCUAACGUUACGUCUCGAACCAAAUUCACAGAAGCCUCCAACUACGCAAACUAUUAUCCAAUCAAAGCAGUGGGCGUUUACUUCCAAGUGUCUUCAAUGCGGCACGCCCAUUAAAACAGAGCGUUUGCAGAGCCGGCCUCAAAACCUGAGUAGAAAAUAGCCCAUUACUUAUUGAUUUUGAUGAUUUUGAAUGUAAAAACCACGCGAACGUCAUAAGUAGACCUCGUACAACAGUAUAAAACAAUAAACAACACCACUUCAUCGCACCUUUAACAUGAUGAAAAAAUGAUUAUUUUGCUGUGAUAUAUUGUGAAAUAUGUUUUUUUCAAUGUAUACUGUAUUGAAAUUUGUUCAUGUAUAAGUUCGGUUGUAAAGCACUCGUCAAAACAUGUCUGACAUCUAGUUGGGUGUUACAUCGAAGUGUAUUGGCUAUAAUCGGAGAUGGACACAUUCUGGGCCAAUCAGAUUUUGAAAACGAAAACGAACUGAAAACGAGAAAGAGAGAGAGCUGUAAGGAGAGCAGGAAGAAGUAGGAUAGUUUAGUAGGGAUAAUAAGGUCCUGAAUGUAAAAGAGAUGACGUAUUUAGGAGUACGGUCAGUAUUUCUAAGUGAGAAAGUGCAUCGCGUGUCAUUUAAGAGGUUUGAGUUACAGAAAGUUGAGAUUUGUCUACUUAAUUAGUUCGGCCAGAACUGAUCGCGGGACAUUUCGCAACUUUGAUUGAACUGUGUAUCGGCCCAAAGGACGAUUGCUUUCCUCCAAACAAGACCAUCAUCCGGUAACCGCGUGAGUACAUGGAGCUCGGGAUUUCAUUCGUACUGUAUCACCGAGACCUUGAUGUCGGAGCCCCGGACACGAGACUUCUUCCACGAUCUGUAAAGAGAUUAUUGCAACGCACGCUAGCGCAGAGGUUAGAGGUCACCUUUAUUUUUGUUUGCUCUUCCGAGUGACGAGGCCACUUUCUGUUUCCCGGCCACUACGUACCCUAGCAUCGAAUCAGGCCUGCAACGGGGUGAGAUGUGUGAAUGAGUUGUAGGGUAUGUCAUUGUGAAUGCAAAAGUGUAACUGUGCAAGGUAACUUGAUUUUCUUUUGUUUUCCGGUAUAUUGUGAUAUUUUCGAAGAGUUCGUACGGUAUAACCGUGUUAUUCAGAGUUAAGCCCAUUGCACAUUGAGUCCGAAAUUUCCGCACGUUAAAAAAUAAAUACGCCCUCACGUUGUGUCAAUCACAUUUACACACUGCCUCCGAUAUUUUCGUCCGUCAUAAAAAAAUUUGUGCCGGGUUCGAUUUUAUGUGUUUUUCGCAUCCGUCAAGCAUUUUGAGUGGACUUUUAACAAUUCAGAGACACCGUACAAACCAGCGCCAAAUACGAAAAAACGCAUGCGAAAAUUUCGGACUGUAUGUGCAAAGACCUUUAAGGACAUUGAGUCACUUGUGGUUAUUUGCAAGUAUAAUUGCACUGAAACGCUAGAGGUAUAUAUUUUUAUUUCACGCUACAGAUUUAGAGACAUCAAUAUAGUGAUUUGGUUUAUCUGAUUUAAGGUGGAACUUUGAAUUGGAUUACACAUUAUUUUUUUGGGUAACAAAAGAAGACAACACACAGGAUUUAAUUUGUAUUAGUUCUUUGUUUGUUUUAUUUCAUUUACCUUGUAACACAUACAUACAUAUAACCCAAUUUUAUUAUUGUCUUAAUCAUUCAUACCUGAUUUCAUCUGUGAAGACAAUACAUUUACUUGUUUACAUGUUCUGUUGUAAGUGUGUGUUAUUGUCGUGUUAAAAGUAUUUCAGAGAAUGACCUCUUGUUUAUGGUAAGAGGACAGUUUGGUAAUUUAGGGGAAGCUAACUCGUAUUAGAAGGUAGGAUCAUAAAGAGAAAAAGAACCUAGGCCCUUAUCAGAAACUCUAGCCUAGUAUAAUCAGAGGAUGGAUGGGGGUUACAUGUCUAUAUACAGUGUGUGCAAAUGGAGAGAGAAGGUAAGGCAAUAAAUAGGCCAUAGUAGCAGAGUAAUUACAAAUUAAGAGAUUAACACUGGAAAGAUAGAUGAGCAGAUGAUGUGCAAGUAGCGAUACUUGUGUGCAAAAGAGCAGAAAAAAAAUGGGGAUGAGAUAGGUAUAUUGGGUGGGCUAAUUUCCGAUGGACUGUGUACAGCUGCAGCGAUCGAUAAGCUGCUUGGAUAUCUGAUGUUUAAAGUUAGUGAGGGAAAUGUAUGUGUCCAGCUUCAGCGAUUUUUGCAAUUCGUUCCAGUCACUGGCAGCAGAGAACUGGAAGGAAAGGCGGCCAAAGGAGGUGCUGGCUUUGGGGAUGUUCAUUUUCAAUAAACAUCUUUAAAGCUAAAGGGUGCAAUAUGCAUUUCUGAAAAUAAUGGCAUGAAUUAAACUGACCCUUUAGAUGACUAACGAGAAAACCUGAACAAGCUUGACUUAACAACGAACUGCAUUUUUUCAGAGAAGCUAAAUCUCCAAAGCAUAUUUUAUUUAGGAUGCACGAUCACAGUUUGAAUUGAAUGUGCUGAAAUAUAAUAAAAAAACAAUGUGGAGUAAUGCCUAAAUAUCACAUCUUUUUUCAGAAUGAAAAAAACAAAACCUCAAAACCAAAUAUGUUGUAACAAAGCGACUCAGAGAAUGACGGUAAAAGUAAGUAAAGGGCUUUGUUUAUUAAACAGGUGCAGAGCAGUGAAAUGGCAGGUGAGUAAAUAUUCAGCAGUAACUUGUCAAGUAAUGGAUAUGAUACUGGGGAUACUGGGCUUGUGAUUGCAGAUGGUGAUUGAGAUCGUGGACGCAGGGCUAGCUGGUGACCGCACACACCUCGUGGGAAUGAAGAAAUCGAGAUGAUGGGGAGCUGGAGAUGAAGAAGGCGAUGGAGACUAAGAAUCAGACUAGGAGAUUACUUGGAACGGGAGAUAAGAGUACACGUGAACAAGUUAUUUUACGAAAGAAAUGUUAACAUGAAGUUCACACCAAAGAAUAAUAACAAAAUUUAUAAAAAUAGCCCAGGUCAAAAGUGGAUUCUUAAUACUGUAUGAUGUUACCUGAACAAUCAAUGACAGUUUUUAUGUUUUGUCAUAGUUGUUUAAGGGUUUCUUGUUCGCCUGAGUCAUUAAACUGUCCGCUGAUCUUCAGAAUAAUCACCCAGGUCCUCCAGAAUCUUUGCUUUUUUAGCAUUUCAGUAUAUUUAACUCAUGUCCAUCAGUAACUGUAUGAUGUUGAGAUUCAUCUUUUCACAUUGAGGACAAUCAAGAGACUCAUACAAUAGAUAGAAACAUGCAGUGAUGAUCACGAAGGCAACACCAUUCAUUUAAAGUCAGGUGGGUGUAAACCUCUGAAAAUGACAACUGGUGUAAAUUGUUAUUGUUUUGUUUAUAAAUCUUAUUUUUUCAUUUAGUAAUGUCUUUCAGAAGCUAUAAAAAUACAUAUAUGUUUCUCAGGAAAUUAAACAUAAACAAUUUAGAGUUUACACAAUAUACAGUAUAAUACAAUUUGGUCUUUUGGAGCAUAUACUGUAAGCACAACACUGAGUUUAAUUGACAACAUCGGCUAAACAUGACUCUCUUCUACAUAUUAGUCAGACAAAAAUUGUACAGACAUCUUACUACAGCACGAGCACACAAUACAUCAUCACAUUAUCCCUGCAUAACUGUUGAUUGACUAUAAGUUCAUAUUUACAUUAUGCACGUACACGCCGAUUGCCCACAAAACACAGACAUAGGACUUAGUUUGACUUACCGCGUGCGGUUCAUGUCCGGCAUCUUUUAGCGCUGGGACCGCGCAAUCUAUCAGUUUCAAACCAUCUGCAAAUCCAGCGUUCUAUCCAUCGUUUAUAUAACAUUCCUCAUAGAAAUGCAGUGAACAAACAAACACCGCUGAACUUCAGUACAACGAUUGAAGUGCAUUGAUGGGCGUGCUCUUUCUCUCGCUCUCCCUGGUUGACGCGUGGGCGUGCUCUUUCUCUCGCUCUCCCUGGUUAACGCGUGGACAUGCUCUUUCUCUUGCUCUCCCUGGUUGACGUGUGGGCAUGCUCUUUCUCUCGCUCUCAUUCUCGCUGGUUGACACGUGGACAUGCUUUUCCGGGAGAAUUGCCCAAUAAGAGACUAAGAAAAGUUGUUUCGUUAAGGUAUUUCAUGUUCGAAAAAAACUUUAUGAAACCUAUACGAAUGCUGGGGGAGUGUAUCGAGCACAGAAAUACUACGUCAUACGCCCAACAUGUUUUUUGACAAGUUGACCAUGUUAAGCCAGCAUGUUUCACAUUGUAAAGUCAGAAUGCAUGAAACACUGUUGAACCACCCCUUUAAAGCUGUAAAGUGGUAAUUUGACAGGCAAAUGACACCACACCGCUUCCGUAUUAUAAACUGCAACAAAACUAUUGGUCGCGUUUCAUUGAUUUUAAACUCGACCAAUUGUUUUGUUGCAGUUUAUAACUGUGGUACUGAUGGUGCAAGUCAAAUAAGUUACCCCAAAAAUGCCACAGACUCAUUGCACGUUGCUCUCCUUAGUCUGAUAGGGUGCUCUGCAGAAUAAACUUGAAAAUUUUCAUGUAACAGCCACGUCAAUACUGAUCCAUGAGAAAGACAACGGAGCUCAGAAUUAUAAAAUAGCACUGUGUUCUGCAACACACCGAGAAGCAAAGAAAAGAAAAGAGAUGUCUAUAAAAAGAAAAAUCGUCAGUGACUUCUGAUCCUGGAUAUCAGCAUAACAGUGAUGAAUUUAUGAACUACUUCACAAAUAAAAUCCAAGAUAUUAGAGAAAAAAUUAUAACAAUGCAAUCAGAAGUGAAACCCGCUGAACAAACUAACUACAGCGCCCUUAAGGAGAAAAUGUGAUUAUUUUAUACCGUAGAUCACGAUGAAAAGUCUAAAAUCAUUAGAUCAUCUAAAUCAACAACAUGCAUGCUAGACCCUAUACCUACAAAUCUACUGAAAGAGAUGCUCCCAGAAAUUAUAGAUCCUCUUCUUAGUAUUAUUAACUCAUCUCUGACAUUGGGACAUGUGCCUAAAGCAUAUAAAGUGGCUGUUAUAAGGCCCCUUGUCAAAAAAACCCAAAUCGACCCUAGAGAACUAGGGAACUACAGGCCUAUAUCGAAUCUACCUUUCAUAUCUAAAGUUCUGGAAAAAGUAGUUUCAACUCAAUUAUGCUCCUUCCUCCAAAGGAAUGACAUCAAUGAAGAAUUCCAGUCUGGAUUUAGAGCAUGUCACAGUACAGAGACUGCUUUGAUCAGAGUUACAAAUGAUCUGCUAUUGGUGUCUGACCGAGGUUGUAUCUCGUUAUUGGUGCUGCUAGACCUUAGUGCUGCAUUCGACACCAUUGACCACAGCACACUCCUACAUAGACUCAAAAAUUACGUCAGCAUUAAGGGAAUAGUUUUGAAAUGGUUUAAAUCUUAUUUAUCCGACCGUUUUCAAUUUGUAGCAAUAAACAAUGAGGUGUCACGCAAAUCGCAAGUCCAGUACGGUGUACCACAGGGCUCAGUCUUAGGGCCUCUGCUCUUCGCAUUAUACGUGCUACCUCUAGGAGAUAUAAUAAAGCGACACGGAGUUAGCUUUCACUGUUAUGCUGAUGAUACUCAACUUUAUAUUUCCUCGAAGCCUCAUGAAACACAGCAGUUCCAUCGAAUAAUGGAAUGCAUAGUCGAUAUAAAAAACUGGAUGAGUAACAACUUUUUAUUACUGAACUCGGACAAAACAGAUUGGACCGAAAACUGCUAUACGUACCAACCAAGAAUACUGCUUAACUAUUGACGGAUGUUCCAUAAAACCCUCGUCGUCAGCAAAGAAUCUUGGCGUUCUAUUCGAUAGUAAUCUGUCAUUUGAGAGCCAUGUCGCCAACACCUGUAACAUUGCGGUUUUCCAUUUUAAGAAUAUAUCUAAACUACGUCAUAUGCUGUCACUAUCAGAUGCAGAGAAGUUAAUUCAUGCAUUCAUGACAUCAAGACUAGACUACUGUAAUGCACUGUUUGGUGGUUGCCCUGCAGGCUUAUUACAAAAACUGGUCCAAAACGCGGCAGCUCGAGUUCUUACAUGUAUAAAAAAGUAUGAACAUAUUAGCCCGGUUCUGUCAACCUUGCACUGGUUACCUAUAAAGCAUCGCAUUAACUUUAAAAUCUUGCUUAUUACCUAUAAAGCCCUACAUGGUUUAGCUCCUCAGUACUUGAAUGAACUCCUUUUGUAUUACAGUCCUUCACGUGCAUUAUGCUCUCAGGCGUCCUGUCAGUUGGUAAUACCUAGAAUAUCAAAAUCAAGUGCAGGUGGUAGAUCCUUUUCCUAUCUAGCGCCUAAACUUUGGAAUAGUCUUCCCUGCACUCUGAGGCAGACACACUCUGUCAGUUUAAAUCUAGACUAAAGACGCAUCUUUUUAAUCUUGCAUACACUACUCUUCCAUAAUAUAAAUCCUCUGAGGGUUUAGGCUGCAUUAGUUAGAUCAACCGGAACCAAAAACACAACUGAUGUGCUUGUUGCAUCAAAGAGUGCAGAACAGUACUCUACUCUCAGUCUUGUCUCAUUGUUCCAAGGUUACCACAGCGAGCAGGAUGCAGUUCAUGGCCUGACCUGAUGGUAGAGUGGAGAAUGGGAAGCGGAGACCUGACAAGAGCUGAGAUGAUAGAGCUGGAUAAAGAAGGAUGCAGCGACUUGGCACAUCUUCACCACAAAAUUUCAAAUGCUAUUAGAUUAUUAAUGAUAAUCUUAAAUCUAUAAUUUACCUUAUUACUAAGUUUAUUUAUUUUAUUUAGCCUUGUUGUGCAUGCACUGUGCAGUUUGUGCAGAGGCUGCAGCUUUUGCCAGAGGGGAACUGGAAUCCCCUGGUUGGGCCUGGGUUCUCCUGAGGUUUUUUUUCUCGAUUAGAGUUUUGGGUUCCUCGCCACCAUUUGCAUACUGUUUUGCACUGUUUGCCUGGCCGGGGGGGCUGCUUUAGAAUUUUAAAGUUUUUACUUAAUUAAUAUUGCAUAUAGGAAUUUAUUAUCUGUUAUAUUUGACGUGUGCUUCUCUCUCCUUUAUCUUAAAUGUGUGCUCUCAUUGUGCAUGCGUGCGUGUCUGUGUGUGUGCGUGCUUGUCUGUGUCCGUGUGUGUGUGUGUGUGUGCGUGUGUCUAUGUGUGUUAGUACGUGUGCAUAUUGUGUGUGUGGAGUGUUUUGUAUGUGGGUAUGUCUGUCUUCUGUGUUGUCACCUUUUUCUUGUUUUUACAGGUACAACUUUUAAUUGUUUUGCUUAUAGUCAAUAUGUCUCAUGUACAGCUGCUUUAUAACAAUGAAAAUUGUAAAACGCACUAUAUAAAUAAAGUUGAGUUGAGAUGAGAUGUGCACUUAAAGGGAACAUUGGAUGUAAUAUUUUUGUACCCAUGUUUUAUAUUUUUAACAAAAAGUUGUCUGCGAGUAAACAUUACAGUUUUUCUCGAUUGCUUAAACACAUUUCUUGAAAUUAUGCCUCCUUUUCACAAAACUCUAAACACAAAUCCAUAAUUCCCGGAACAUCCUAUUUUCAGGUCAAAAUGAAACUCUCCACUCAAAGUCAUUCAAACUUGCUGAAAAAGCAAAUUCCCCCCAGACAUGACACACAAGUCCUCAAAAACACUCACACUACAACAUAGUCUUAGACACUGGUGAGAUCAAUUCAAAACACUGUUACUUGAAUCUCUUACUGGGAUUCAAGAAUAAUUUGACUGCUCUGGUCACAAUCUCAAGAACAGCAUCAAACCAAAAAAACUAACCUAAUCUGAGGCUCAGUACCUUAAACCGCUCGUGGAGAAGGAUCUUUCCCAGAUGAAUGCAUUGCUCUGGAUUCUGCUGCAGGCAACACUGAAUCAAACUGCAGCAUUCUGUGUCAAAGGUUGGAAGAGGCACUUCACACCUGCUCUUAUUGUUAUUCAAAACCUUUUCUGCCUUGUAUUUUUG